AUGUCUCGCCCAGAAGAUACUCUCCCGCCGGACCUGUUCUAUAAUGAUUCGGAGUCCCGUAAAUACACAUCUUCCUCUCGAAUAAAAAAUAUUCAAUCUGAAAUGACACACCGUGCCCUCGAACUGCUCGAACUCACGUCUCCCUCGCUGAUUCUAGAUGUCGGGUGCGGUUCAGGCCUGUCUGGUGAAAUUCUCUCGUCCGUCGACCCGUCUGAAGGCGGUCCACACACCUGGAUUGGCAUGGAUAUAUCUCCAAGCAUGCUCGAUGUGGCACUUCAACGGGACGUAGAAGGCGACCUCUUUCUAGCCGACAUUGGGCAAGGCGUACCGUUCAGACCUGGUACCUUUGACGCAGCCAUAAGCAUCAGUGCAAUCCAGUGGCUCUGUAAUGCUGAGACCAGCGAUGUCAGUCCAGAAGGCAGAUUAAAGCGGUUUUUUGAAGGUCUAUAUGCUUCUCUUAAACGCGGUGCCAGAGCUGUGUGUCAGUUCUAUCCCAAAAACGAUUCUCAAAGAGGUAUGAUUAGCGGCGCAGCAAUAAAAGCUGGUUUCGGCGCAGGUAUCCUUGAAGAUGACCCUGGCACAAAGAACGGGAAAACCUACCUUGUUCUUACGGUUGGUGGAGGUGGGCUACAGGGUGAUAUCACUGGUGUCGUCAAGGGAAUGGACGACGUGGAUAUCUUGGAUGCAAGACGGAAGGCUAGGGAGGCAGCAAAGAGCCGUAGGGGCCCGGAUCAAUCACAUAUCAAGGGAACCAAAGCCUGGAUAUUGAGGAAGAAAGACCAGAUGGAGAAAAAGGGCAAGGUCGUCAAGGCCAGCUCGAAAUAUACCGGGAGAAAGAGACGAAUUGCAUUUUGA